ACAUUAGACUCCCAGUGUGAAAUAGGGAGCAUGAAGCUAGAUAUUGUGGCCUUGGAGCAGAAUUACUUUGAAGCUGAGAAAGUACGGAAAGAAGCUCUCCAAGAAAAAGCUAGAACAACUCAGUUGAUCCGAGAGCUUGAGGGUCAAUUUCAAGAUGCUCAGAAAGUUAUUGAACACCUAGAAUGGGAAAAUAAAGAGCUACGGGAAAAGCUCAAGACAUUAGAUACAAAUUUUAGGACAUUUUCGCAAAAGCUUGAAAAGCGGUUUGCAAAGCAUGCUUCACAACUCAAUGUAAAACCAUUGUUUGAUGAACUAGAGAGCAAAUUCACUUUGUCAGAAGAAAUGAGCACUUGUGAAGAAAUCAUAAGCUCACUGGUUUCAAAGUUUGAAAUGCUUCUGGGGCCAAACAAAUAUAUUAUGGACAAAAUGCAAACAAUGGCAAAGCAAAUUGAAGAAUAUGAGCUUAUGGUGAAGCAGCUAAAGGAAGAGUUGAGAGAAGAAAAGUUGAAAGCAAAAGAUGAAGCAGAGGAUUUAGCUCAAGAAAUGGCUGAACUUAGGCACCAUAUUACCGGCUUGUUAGAAGAAGAGCGUGAACUCCGUGCUUGCAUUGAACAGGCAUCUCUACAUAGAAUUGCUGAAUUAGAGGCACAGGUACUGGUAUUAGUUUACUGAUACACUGCAUCACAUGAGAUGAUUGCAUUUUUUUUUUCUAAAAUAUUGUGAUUCGUGUCAGGUUAAUAAAGUACAAGGAAGACCCUUGGAUGCAAUCAAACAUCUCGAUGGAGCAUAGGAGUCUGGUGAUAUUUCAAUGUGAGUGAAGUUUCAUGCCAAAUGUGAAGAAAUCAAUUGACAAAUUUUGGAGAACCUAUUCGAGCUGGUAUUUGUGAAGGUUUUUUGGAUUAUGCAUUAUAGAUUGCCAUAGUCACCUUGUACAUUCGAUGGGAUAGAAGUUAAUUUGCUGGAAUUAUAGCUGAGGGUUGGAGUAUCAAUGAGGGAAAGCUGACUGCUAGACAUGGAAUAUGCAGCAACAUACUGCAGAAUGAAGGGGCUGUGAUAUUGGUUUUUAUAGCUUUAAGGUUCUUUUUUCUCUCUGAUUAAAUGUGUUGAUUGACCAAUUGAGUCGAUUUUUGAACAUUCACUUUUGAAGCAACGCUCUGCCCUCUCAAGGUUGGGUCAAGUAGUUCGAUAGAUGAGUGUGUGUGUGAGGGUGCCCUAGGUUCCUGUCCAAAGUGUAUCUUAUUUUGUAGGAAACAUAUAAAAUAAAGAAAUUAUCUCGAGCAA